AUGUCGGACAUUCCUCGCACACUCCAAGGACUACUGGCCUCGAGAGCCCAGGAAAACACUACCGGAAUGUACUUCCUUGACCUCCAGGGAAAUGUUGCGGAGACAAUCACCUAUGCCAAUCUGUACAGCGACGCUGUUUGUGGCUCACAACGCUUGCUUGCGUCCGGAUUGAAGCCCGGCAGCGACAUCGUUAUCGCGAUUUUCGCCGACCACAAGCAACACAUCCGGCUCUUCUGGUCCUGUUGUUUUGCUGGUAUCCCUAUAUGCCCCAUUCCACCUUUUCAUCCGGAUCCGUCCCGCAGGGCUGUAUUCUUCGCUCACCUGCAAAGCCUUUUCUGCGGCCCAGUAGUGAUCACAGAUGACGCGACAGUGAUAGACGGCGUCAAGGCCAUCGCACCGGAGCUACGGGUCAUGUCCUGGGCGACUCUGUCGACGCGCAACACCGAUAGUGCUGUAUUUGCACCCCCGUUCCAUUCCAAGCCGAGCUCUCCGGACGAUAUCGUCUGUCUCAUGCUAACGUCUGGGUCUACCGGGAACUCGAAGGCUGUUGCUCAUUGCCAUUCCAGCCUCCUGUCAGCUGUACGCGGGAAAGUCAAAUGCCACGGGACGACGACGAGCUCGCGAUUCCUGAACUGGAUUGUGUUUGACCAUGUUGCGUGCGUCACAGAAGUGCAUCUGCACGCUUUAGCUGCCAACGCGAGGCAGUACCAUGUUAUCCCGUCGGCAGUUAUUCAACGCCCCCGCGGCCUGCUCGAGUGGUGCAGCCGCUAUCAAAUUACAUACACCUUCAGUCCAAACUUCCUCAUAGCGCAACUCUGUCGUGACGUCGCGGUGUCACCGUAUGAACUCGGGGCUCUGGACCUGUCCGCGCUUGUCGCGUUCAUUUCUGGAGGAGAAGCCGUGCCGAUCAAGACGGCCGUCGCGUUUGCCGACCUCCUUGAACUCUUUGGUGCUCCUCGCAACGCUUUACGGGUCGGAUUUGGCAUGAGCGAGACCGCCGCUGGUUGUGUCUACAAUACUCGUCCUGUUGGACGCGACGAGCACCCAUCAACAGAGAAGUACCUGUCAUUGGGUCAGUGUUGCCCAGGUACGACGCUGCGCGUUGUCUCGCCGUACACUGGCGAUGUAUGCGGCCCACUCGAGUCCGGGAAGCUCCAGCUGAAGGGUCCGACUGUCUUCCGCGAGUACUACAACAACGUCGAGGCGACGGCGGAGUCGUUCACGGCUGAUGGCUGGUUCAUCACCGGGGACAGCGCGAUGGUGGACAAUAGCGGAGAUCUGUACCUCGUCGGUCGGGACAAGGACCAGGUCAACAUCAAUGGUGUCAAACACCCGAGCGUCGACAUCGAGCACUUUGUCGAGGACAGCGAUAUCGAGGGUGUCAUGUGCUCGUUUGUGUUCGUCUGCCCGAUGCGCCUGGCCGACAGCGAUACGGACACGUACUCAGUGUUCUACCAGCACAGCAUCCGGGUCGAGGACGAGCUCAGCGAGGGGGACGUCGCCGUGCUGAGGGAAACGAACCACGCGAUCCGGAACUGCUGCAUUGUCAUAUGCUCGCAAGCACCUCAUGUCGUCCUUCCCCUUCCUCGGAGGUCAUUCUCGAAGACCGCUCUCGGGAAGGUAUCGCGCUCGUCUUUGAUGGUCGCCUAUCUUGGCGGAGAGCACAACGCGCUGGUACAGCGCCUGUUGUCCCCCUCUCUCUCCAACGGGUCGGCAGCCAAGGAUGAGCCAUCCAACGCGGUUGAAGAGAUCGUCUUUGAAGCCGUUGCGGACCUGACACACGCCCAGCGUUCCGAAUUCACUCGUGGCUGCAGCCUAUUUGCUCUGGGUGUGACGUCGAUGCACCUGGUCCAGCUCAAGCACCGUCUUCAACGCGAUUUGCAGAUAAGAGAUAUCCCGGUUAUCGCGAUGCUGCGCCACCCACAACUCGGCCAACUAUGCGACUACCUUCGGAAGGCGCAGGAGAGCGUUAGUCCGCAGCAGGAGCCCCGGUGUUAUCACCCGCUAGUCCCCUUACGUCCCCGGGGAUCCAUGCCGCCCAUAUUCCUUGUCCAUCCCGGCGUAGGCGAAGUCCUCGUGUUUGUUAAUCUGGUUCGUGCGCUGCACAGGGCUCAUCCCCUCUACGCCCUCCGCGCCCGCGGUUUCGACCCGAAUGAAGACGUCUUCGAGUCGUUCGAAGAGAUGGUGGCGGAGUACGUUGCUGCGGUCGAGACACAUCAGCCGGCAGGUCCGUACUAUCUGGGCGGGUACAGCUUCGGGGGAGCGGUUGCGUUCGAGAUGGCUAAAGUGCUAGAGGCCAAGGGGAAGCGAGUCGCAUGGGUCGGCAUUCUCAAUCUGCCGCCAUUCAUCAAGUCUCGCAUGGACGAACUGACUUGGACGGAGGUGCUGCUGAAUCUCUUCAUGUUCAUCUCCCUUGUUACCCCUUCCGACUUGGAAGCGACUAGAUCACAGCUGCACGCGGCCUUUCCUGGACUUCCCGAUUCGACCUCGGAACCGGCGAACGGCGAACAGGUCAUAGACUGGCUACUUUCACGAUCAGACCAGGAGCGACUGAGCGAGCUCCAGCUGGGAUCCGACGAGCUGCGGCGCUGGGUCCGUGUCGCCUGCUCGUUGACUUGGCUUGGGCGUACGUAUCAGCCAUCGCCACUGGUACGAGACGCGCUGGUCACCGUGUUCUGUGCCACCCCGCUGGCGUCUAUGGGCACGCGCGAGCAAUACAAAUCGGAGAGGCUCUCGCAGUGGCAGAGGUUCUGCACCAAUCUCGAGCUGGUGGACGUCGACGGCGAGCAUUACACCAUGUUGUCGGACACGAAUAUAGACUCCUUCGCGAGGACUUUCAGCUCCGCCCUUGACCGUGCGUCCGCGCGCAGCGUGACUGGUGGCCUGCAGAAGCUGGACUUCGAGAGCGUUCCCAUCGUCGACUUCUCUCUAGCACGGACGGACUCUCCGAGAUAUUACGACCAGUUGCGAUUUGCAUUAGAAGACGUCGGAUUCUGUGUGUUCGUGAACAUUCCUGGUUUCGAAGGUGCAUUCCAGCACGAGCUGUUUGGACUCGCGGAACGUCUAUUCAACAGGCCGCAGCAAUGGAAGGACGCGUUAGGGACCAGCAACUCCUGUGCUCUUCGUGGAUACUUCCGUGCUGACGAUAUUCCGGGGCCGCACAAGGCGUACGCUGAAGCGUAUCGUUUCGGGCUGGAAUUACCAGCGCCUGAAGGGGAUGAUAUUCCGUUCUGGCUCAAGCUACAUGAAGGACCGAAUCAGUGGCCGCCAGAGGAGGACCUGCCGAAGUUUCGAGAACUAAUGCAGCUGCUUUUCAGUCGCUACCAUGCGCUAAAUCUCUCACUCAAUAGCCACAUCUGCCACCUACUCGACAUCCCACCGACCAUGCUCGGCGAUUACUUCCCACAGAAGACCGAGUUCAAUUGUGCGAUUUGGCACUACCUCCCGGUUACUCCAGAGAUUCGUGCGAGCGCGCAGAACGGGUUCGCGCAAGGGAUGCAUGAGCAUCGCGACCCGUCCACUUUCUUGACAUGUCUCAUUCAGUCGCGCCCAGGCCUGCAAGUUCAGAACCAUGCUGGCAGGUGGAUUGAUGUUCCGAUGGUGGAAGGAGGCGUAGUGUGCAACAUCGGCAUGCAGCUGAUGAAGCUUACCGGCGGGAAAUUGGUGGCAACCACACACCGCGUCAACACGCUACGAAUAGAGAAAGACCGUUAUACCAUCCCGUAUGUGCUGUCGACCAAGCUGGAAAAGGCCGUGGUCCCUUUACCCCAAUUUACUUGUGAAGACGCUGCGAAGUACCACGUAGCGCCCAACGCUAAGAUUCUGAAACUCAUGAGUAUAGCUGACCCUUUGGAGCGUAGCGGGUAUGCUCGUCUUAGCCUAUUUCCUGCUGCUACUCGGAAGCUCUAUCCCAAGGAGUACGAACGAGCUCAUGAGCUAGGCUUGAUGUAG